AUGGCUCCACCAUUGAAGACUGGUAGUCGCAACAUUUCCUAUACGUUUCCAAAUCCGAAUCUGGAUUCUCUUGAGUGUUUAGCAAAAAAGAUCACGCCGGAUGAGUCAACCAAGUUCCGCGAGAAAUAUGGGUAUAUUCUGAGUCUUCUCAAGAUGCCGUUCACCAAGUACGAGCAAGAGGGAGUUCAUACCUUGCUUCAGUUCUAUAAUCCUUCCCUCCGUUGCUUCACGUUCCCCAACUAUCUUUUGGUUCCCACACUGGAGGAAUAUUCUCUUUUCCUCGGUGUUCCGAUCAAGAAGGGAGAAGUUCCAUACUAUGGCACCAUGGAGGCUCCCACUUCCAUUGAAAUCUCCAAGGCUCUUUAUUUGAGCAAGUCGGUUGUCGAUGCAAAUCUCUCCAAGAAAGGAGGUUGUCAUGGUUUUCGCAUGGAGUUUCUGGUUAAAAGAGGGUGUGAUGCUGCUGAAGCAAAAAAAUGGGACACUUUUAGGGCUAUCUUGGCCCUGAGUAUCUAUGGUAUCAUGAUGUUUUCAAACGUGCCUGACUUUGUGGAUAUGAGUGCCAUUCACAUAUUCAUUCUGCAGAAUCCUGUUCCUACACUUCUGGGGGAUGUUUAUCACUCAAUCCAUCACAAGAAUAGUCAGAAGAGAGGUUUGGUCAGAUGUUGUGCUCCGUUGCUAUACCGUUGGUUCAGAUCACAUUUGCCUGAGCGUGGAGCUUUCGUUGAUAGUAGGCACACAUCUAAAUGGGCUGAAAGGAUUAUGGGGCUUAGGGCCAAGGACAUUGUCUGGUAUAAUAGAUCUUUGGAUAACAUGGAAGUUGUUAUGAGUUGUGGAAAGUUCAACAAUGUACCUCUCAUGGGUAUCAGAGGUGGGAUCAAUUAUAAUCCCGUCUUGGCUAGGAGAACUUAUGGAUAUGCUUUUAUCAAUCCUCCUGAGCAAACUGAGAUUGCUGAGAACAUUUUCUAUCAUGCGGCCACCAACAUCGGACAAAUGGCAGAAGCUGUGCAAGCCUGGAAGAGUAUUUGUUGGAGAGAUAAGAAGCAUUUUGGACAGAGAGACAAUGCAACUUAUGGAGACUAUACUGAGUGGGUCAAGACAGUGGCCAAUACCCAAGGGAUGCCUUUCCCUCCUAAGGAUCCUUUGUACCCCCCUGCUGAGCUUGAAGAAUUGUAUGCUAGAGGAAGUACUUCUCAGAAAAGGCCAAGGGUGACUAUAGACCCUAAAUUUACGGAAACUCAAGAGAAGAAGAUAAAGGAACAUUACGAGGCUCAGUUGGCAGAUUUGACUAAAAGACUCCAGAUUCAGACUGAAAAUGCCAAUUCAGAGAAAUCUCGUCGCAAGAAAGUAGACAAACUCUUGUUGGAUCGCCAGAAUACCAUAGAGAAAUGUUAUGAAGAGAUCCGAAAGCUGAAGGGCCAGAUAAGAGAAAAAGACCAGAGUAAUGCCCAAGUUCAAGAGGAAGCUAGGUAUUGGGAGGUGAAGAAUCGUCACAUGGAAACAAUGCAUUUCAGAAAAGACCUGCUGAUUCAAGAGAUCAUUAAGAGGCCCACCCGUGUUGAGACCAAGAAGCUCUUUGAAGAAAUGAAGACUUGGAGUGAUAAGAACAUCGGAGAGAGCCCCCUCCGUCAUGUGAAUAUGGAGGACCCUGCUUAA